UGAAGGCUGUGGUGUUGCUGGUGCUGCUGGUGGCCAGUGCUGGCGGGGACCGCUUUGCACAGGACACCACUCAGAGUGGCCCUGUGAAUGAACAUUCCAGCCAGGGACCCGAUGGGGGAAUGGCCCUGGCAGAAAAUAGCUCCUCUCCUCAGGCUCCCCCAGCCAGGCCCGUGCCUCCACGGUACCUACCACCUAUGUGUACCAAGCCCACUGAGAUCAAGCACGCGUUCAAGUACAUCAACACAGUGGUAUCCUGCCUAAUCUUCGUGGUGGGCAUCAUAGGUAACUCUACCCUACUGCGCAUCAUCUACAAGAACAAGUGCAUGAGGAAUGGCCCUAACAUGCUCAUAGCUUCCCUGGCCCUGGGAGACCUGCUCUACAUUCUCCUCACCAUCCCCAUCAGUGUGUUCAAGCUACUGGCAGAGGAUUGGCCAUUUGGAGUCCUUAUUUGCAAACUGACGCCCUUCAUCCAGAAGGCCUCAGUGGGCAUCACUGUGCUCAGCCUGUGUGCUCUCAGCAUUGACCGGUACCAUGCGGUGACAUCGUGGAGUAGGGUGAAAGGCAUGGGUAUUCCCCUGUGGAAGGCGGUGGAGGUGACCCUGAUCUGGACGGUGGCUGUGGCUCUGGCCGUCCCCGAGGCUAUAGGCUUUGACAUGAUAGAGAUGCAGUACCGUGGGAGCAAACUGCGCGUGUGCCUGCUGCACCCUCAGCAGACCACACCGUUCAUGAAGUUUUACAAGGAUGUGAAGGACUGGUGGCUCUUUGGCUUCUACUUUUGCCUGCCGCUGGCAUGUACGGGUUUCUUCUACACACUGAUGUCCUGCGAGAUGCUGAGCCGCAAGAAAGGAAUGCGUAUUGCCCUCAAUGAUCAUAUGAAGCAGCGCAGAGAAGUCGCCAAAACCGUUUUCUGCCUGGUGGUGAUUUUUGCCCUGUGCUGGCUACCUCUGCACCUCAGUCGCAUCUUGAAGAACACCAUGUACAACCUGAAUGACCCAAACCGCUGUGAACUGCUCAGUUUUCUGCUGGUGAUGGAUUACAUUGGUAUCAACAUGGCCUCCCUCAACUCUUGCAUCAAUCCUGUGGCACUCUACUUUGUCAGCCAGAAGUUCAAGAACUGUUUCAAGUCGUGCUUGUGCUGCUGGUGUCAGAGUUCUGCAAGGAACAUCGCUGCUGACGAUGUCCACUGGAAAGGUUACUGCCACGAGAAUGUCCUGGACCAGAUGAGCUCACGGUCCAGCCAGAAGUACAGCCCCUCUUAAACAGCAUACAACACUUCAGGGGGCUAAGGGGCGACGAUGGACACACAACCAAAAACAGCCCUGCUUUGCCACAAUUAAGGACACAUGGACUUUUGGUGGGCAAUGUGGACCUAUGCUGAAACAAGACACACCUCAACACAAAAUUCCCACUGAGCUGAACAUGCAGCAACCACACCGGACUGGGGUUCUACCAUUGUGGCCCAUCAGCAGGACAGCUGGGGCCAGAAGAUAUCACACCCUUCAUAAAAUGUGACAUCCAAAACAUAAUCAGGCUGGCACGGCGACGUGUGGAAAAACAAUAAUUAUGUCAUCCAACAAAUCAUAUCAUCUACCUUUUACCCCUAGUUUUACAUAAUAGGCUACAUGGACUUCUCUGUGGGACAUAGGA